AUGGCAGUCCAAGAGAAAUGUCCGUUUAGUGGCCAAAAUGGAGAAUUCAAGAUGAGAGAACAUGGACCUAAAUGUUUAAAGCUGAAGAACUGGGUGGACGGAACAGAAAUUGUUGAUACUCUACAUCAGAAAGUAAAGGACGUGAGUGAGAUUUAGUCUUCUUGACAUCAAUUUUUAGCUUGAAAUAUUAUAGCCUGGAUAUUAGCGCGCACACAUUUUUGGCAGAAGAGUUUCAAGGCCUCGAGGAGAGUAGGGAGGAGACAAUUUCAAAUCAAUGUUCUUGCACCUUUGGCACUAGGCUCAGUCUUCAGCCUUGGGUGUCUUUCUGGAGACUCAGCCUACUUCGACACUCUCUUAUCUCGUUCCCAGAGGCGGCGAUCCUUUUGGUCAGCGACGGGGCUGACCAAAAGGAUCGAGGGCCUCUGGGAACGAGAUUGGUGGCUGUGCCGCCAAAAGUCUCACUCAUGCGCACAAAAGCAAUUCCGCCAGGAGAAUCACGAUGAUAAAUCAUUCACGGGUCUGCUCUCCCGGGGAGAGGUGAUUGGAAUCCAGGGAAACUUAACGUUCGUUUUUAACGUUUUAGGUAUUCACUAACGCUGUCCAAAUCUCUGUGCACGGUUUUUCCUUGGCAUUGAAAACGAACUUUUAUUGCAAAUUAAGUUUGAACAUGGUUUUUGAUAGAUUCACUAGUUCUGCUAAAGGUUUUUUUCAGCAUCAUUAAUUUCUAAAUGGUACAAUAGACUUUCAGUACCCGGCUUUUCAAAAAUAUCUUGCACAACACCACCCUUGUAAAUUUUUCACUAAUGCCUAACCUUUUUUGAACAUUUAGUUUUCUCCAUCUGACAUAUUUUCCUUCUCUAUAGCCAAUUCAUUGCACUAAUGGUCGAUGCACGGGAUCGAUUGUUUUCCCAUAUGGUGGAGAAAUACCAGCAAAUAGGCCAUAUGGAGUACCAAGACAUAAAGCAGAGGUCAAAAUUCAUGCCAAGGAUUUCUUUGAGCAGUACUACUCCUCCAUUAAUCUGUGAGUACAAAAUAGUUGGUUUGAGCUAUGGCCUUAAGCUUCACUCGCUGUUACUUUUCUUGUUUACAAGUGUGUGAAUGAGGUAAUUUGCAAACCAAGAAACCCUUAAAGAUAAAAAGACUAAAUAAGAUUUGUUCAGUAUGAUGUAGAAUUGAGAAAAGGAGCUCAAUGUACCACGUACGUUUUUUUUAAAAAGACAACACCCUAAUAGUUAAAGGAUUUUAAAAAUAUUAAAACUUCUUCACUCAGCAUGACUAAUUUAGACGAAAGAAAUGAAAGAAACAGCCGCUUUAUAUCCAAUUUUAGAAGUUUACCUAAAACCAAACGGCAUCAUAAAGCGCAAAUUUCAGUUAGAAACGCUCUUUCGGUAAUGUUUAAAUGGGUCUCCUGGAUCAGACCUUCAAACAUGCUUUCACAAUAUUUAAAGCAUUGACCCUAUCAGGGUUCUACUUUCUCCCUGUUUCGUAAUUUAUUUGCAGUCUUGGUGAUAAGGAACAUCAGCAAAGGUUGGCAGAGGUUAUAGAGACUAUUGAGGAGUGUGGCACCUACGAGAUGACAGAAAAGGAACUACUCUUUGCGGCGAAAACUGCAUGGAGAAACACUCCAAGGUGCAUUGGACGAUUCCAGUGGAACAGUUUAGAGGUGCGGAUCUUGACUUCAUGUUUCUAUCGCGGACCCAAGGAAGAAGAAGAUCAAAACUGCACUGUAAAUCAGAAAGAUCUGUUUUAGCCCUAAAAAUGCGGCCGUUUCGGUGAGUAAAAUACAGUCCUAUUAGAAUUUGGCUGCCUUAAAUCAAGGCCAACACAGUGCAAUUACCUAGGGCUGAUUUGGACCCGCGGGAUGAAAUGGGCAUAAGCGUGGGCUGGAAUAGCCUUUUGAUUGAGCGUUUUUGGCCUGAAUUGUGCUCAAAUGGCUCCAGAAGGGGCUGAAUCAGACUUUGGCCUACAGGGCUGAAUUGGCACUUUGGGGCUGAAACAGAUCUUUUUAAUUUGCAUUGUGUUUUCUUCUCCGUGAGGUUGAAGACACAUCGUGUCACUUUCGAUUUUCACCCUGACAAGCCUCACUCUCAUUUCACGAAAUCGCUAUUAAAAGAGUUGUUAUCCCGAGCAGUAGGUUUUUCAAACAGGCUUGGUUUCCUGACUGUGAGCUGCAUCUUACAUCACAAACAUCAGUUUACGUCUCCCUUAAAUAUAUGGCGCUUAAAAAAGUUUUUUAAAAACGUACUUUUAUGUUUUAUGUAUUGUUAUCAUUGUCAUUGUUAGCGCCGUCGCCUUUGUUGUCACAUCCGCACAUCAUACUGCUAUUAUCGUACUGAUAAUAGUUCUUAUCAUCAUCAUCAUCAUCAUCAUCAUCAUCAUUAUCGUCGUCAUUAUCGUUAUCAUUAUCAUCGUCAUCAUCAUCAAUGAUGAUGGUUAUUAGCAUCUUCGUAGAUGUCAUUUUCUCGAUCAUCACAAUCACAGUCGUUUUUAUUAGAGAUACCUUCCUUUACAAUUAGCUGUGAAAUAUAUUUACAUGAAUUUAUUAUCAAAAUAACAGCAUGACUUCUUCUCUGUGAGUACAUUCUGCUUGGCAUCUCUAGGGCAUAUAGUUUUGAUCUCUGCUAUUUUUGCUAUUCCUAGCUAAUUGAUGCACGCCACAUAACCACCACCCAAGAAAUGUUCGAAUAUCUUAAGAAACAUUUGGUAUACUCGACAAAUGGCGGAAACAUACUGCCUCUGAUAACAGUCUUUCCACAAAGGAAGGAAUUAAACAAAGACUUCCGAAUUUGGAACAGUAUUAUGCUCUGCUGGGCUGGAUACAGGCAGCCUGACGGGACAGUGAUUGGCGAUCCCGCGAAUGCUGAUUUUACUGAGGUAUCUCAUAGACGCAUUGAAUAGGUUGAACAGGUUAAAUAGGGAAACGUUUUUUUUUAUCAAUAGUUGUCAAUGCAAAGACGUCGAUUGUCGAUUGUCUGAAAGAUCCUUGGCGAUUCCCCUUAGUCAUUAAUUGCUUCAUUUAUUAUGGAUUUAUGGCCCUAAAUCAACAAUCCCUUUAUGCAAUGAUAAAUAAAUAUAUCACCAGUAACCUGUUCGAAGGUUUUUGUUGUAUAAAAUCUCAAAGCAGUAUAAUAACUUUCUGCGUUGGUGAAAGCGGCAGAUCUGUCCUUGUCAAUGGCCGAGUCCGGGUGUCUAAGGCGAAAACGCAAUCGAAAAUCCUCCUUAUUGUAUUCCUCCGAAGAGUUACAUCUGUCCGCUUAAGGUGCCAAAUUUGUCAAACAUGUAUAUUACGUCGAUUUGGCGUAGUCUCUUAACCGUCUGUAGGGUAGUUUAUUCCUUCCAUUUCAAAAUGGAUAAGCAUGAGAAACUGUUUAACAACGUUUAAACCUACCUGUGAGCAGGUCUAACUUAUUAUUGUUCUAGUAGUCGGUGUUUAGACACGAUCUAAACAAGGUUGAGAAAGAACAUAAAUAAUUAUCAUUCGAAGCAAAUUUUUCUUUCUUUUCAUUGGCCGAGAGCCCACCACGUGACCUGCAAAUAACUGCCUACAAAUAAUGGUCUGCCCAUUCUCAAUGCCGUCCAACAGUGUUUGGCUGCAAAUAAUAUUCUGCUCAUGCGUAAAGGAGACAGUGCUUUUCUCCUUCUUGCGAUCGCUCUUGCGUGAAAAUGGCAGAUCGCAUCGCUUCCCAAGGAUAUUCAUUAAAAAAAACAAACUCGGUGAUCGAAUGAUAAAAAAAUUAUUGAACUCGGUUACCGCAAAAUAUCUUGAUUUGUCAGUGUCUCGAAGAUCAAUUAUUUGCCUCAGCCUUCGCUUCGGCAAAUAAUUGAUCUGCUCGCCACAGACAAAUCACGAUAUUUUGCUCAACCUCGUCCAAUAAUUGUUAAUUGUUAUUCAUCGUUUAAAAAACAUAGGUUAGAAGACGACUUUCAUAAACGCUGUCUAAACUUGGAUUAAAUAAUCGGCCCUAAGUCUCAAGACGUUGUUUCGAAAUAUGUAAAGAGAGUAAGAAUAGUUAAUAAUAUGUCCUUUUUUCCUUUAUCACUCAGUUUUGUCAGUCUCUUGGUUGGAAAGGAAAAGGGGGCAGAUUUGACAUUCUGCCCUUGGUACUACAAGCUAAUGGUGGACCCCCUGAGCUUUUUGAAAUCCCGGAAGACAUUGUUCUUCAAGUGAAGAUUAAACACCCAAAGUAAGUUGUAUCUCAGUGCAGCAAGGACUAUUUCAAGCUUAUAUUGUCCAGUUAACAGACCGGUUUAAUUUUUGUGUCCAUACAACUCAUUUCGUCACGGAACGAUUGUCAAAUACGUCACCAUCAUUUUUCCUGGCCAGAUUUCCUUGGUUUGAAGAACUGGGCCUAAAGUGGUUCACUGUUCCAGUUCAGACUGGAUUGCUGCUGGACGCAGGAGGCCUGGAAUUCACAGCAGCGCCAUCAAGCGCAUGGUAACAUCUGUUUUGUUUGUUCAUGUUUUCACUGUGUUAUCUGUUCGAUUUUAGUGUAGCCUGUGUACAGUCACCCCGUCUCCUCAGAAAAAAUCGGAGAAGGGAUUUUUUCAGAUACCGUAUAGGGUCAUAAAUUCAUCAUCAUUGUGACCGACAAUCUUAAGCAUUUGAUUCAAACCGUUUCUUUUAAGGGUGUUAUAAUAGAGAUCAUUGUCAAUAUCAAGCAGUCAAGUUUUUAAAAUUCCAGGGUCAGGAAUCAGGCUUAAUUCGUGUAUAUCAUCCUACUUCCACUGCCUUUCUAAUACCAUCUUAACAGCGAACGUUUAUCACUGGGAACAACAUGGCCGUCAUCAGUAUAAAUAUGUUGCUGAUAUGUUUCAGGUAUUUGUUGACAGAGAUUGGAGCCCGUGAUUUAGGAGACCCACAUCGAUUCAACAUGUUGGAAGUAAGGCAUGAUAUCUUAAUAAGCCUGGCUCGAUCGAUCGGCUUCAAAGAGAAAAUAAUUUAUAUCGUAGAUAUCGUACAGUAACUAUACGCUCUUUUGAUAAGAAUAGGCUAUUGUUAAAUAAGAGCUACUAACAGUAAACCGGCCGACAAAAACGUGCAACUCCUUUUACAACAUUGGCCGAAAAUUUUGGCCCCAUCUCGAAAUCUUUUUUGAUUUAUACAAAAUUUUUUUUUUUGGACAGGUCUUUGUGUUUUUUAUUCUUUUCAGGCUUUUUCAAGUUCUCGGUCUCAAAUUUAAAGUAAAACAGGACAGUGGCGGGCAACUCGCAUUAGCUAAGGCAGUAUAUUGGUGGGUUUCCGCUGCCUUCCAUGAUUGGCGUCUUCGGUCAUUUUAAUUAGCUUUAUUUAUACAAAAUUUUCGGCACUUAGAGUCUCAGGCUUAAGUCUCGGUCUCAAAUUCUAAACCCAGGGUCUCACAGUCUCGCAAAGUCUCGAAUUUUCCCCUAUUAUAUAUUUAAGAAAGGUUCAUGAAUUGGAUUUUAAAAAGUUUCAGACAGAUUUCUUGAACUGAUUGCUCAGGAAGAAGCUACGCAUUGUCAGGGCUUAAAGAAAAACUGUUUAGUUUAUAACUUGGCUGAGUAUGACUUUUUUCUACGUCAGUCAUGAGUUUAAAUUGUCCUAGCGGUUGUUCUAGGUUGUGGCUAAAAAGAUGGGUUUAGAUACUUCAAGAAACACGUCAUUGUGGAAGGAUUAUGCAAUGGUGGAACUCAACUAUGCCGUCUUGCACAGUUUCCAGGUUAGUCCGAAUAAUGUCUAUGGCCUGAACUAGCACCCAAUACCGCCCCCUAUAAACAGGGUACAACCCGCGGAAUACUGCCUGACGAUAUAUAGCCUGAGUAUCUUUCCCCUUUUCCCCCAGAAACGCCCGAUACUCAGGCUAGAAGAUAUACAAUGCAGACUAAAAAUCUAUCCAUUCGGCCUCAUGGGCUAUUGACUCAGAGCCCAUGAGGGCGAGAGGAAUAAUUGUUUUAGUAAAAUCCAACUAAAAACUUUAGCUAGCAAAACGCGAUUCAGCCGCCAUUGUUUUGGUUUUCAAAGCCGGCUCUUUUCGCUACUAGUGGGCUAUAACAUAUAGCCUAGUGGUAGCUCAACCAGUCAAAAUGCAGCAUUGAUAACAGACCACUAGUUGGAUUUUACUAAAAUGAGAUAGGAUGGGAUUGAAAUCAUGGUUAGGUGGUCCUGGUCAGACCUAAUGAUUAAAGAUAUGAUUUUUUAAAUCAAUUUUGGUUUUCCAGGAAGCAGGAGUUACUACCACUGAUCAUCACUCUGCCACUGAGUCAUUCAUGAAACACAUGAAAAAAGAGGUUUGGAAGACAAGAAUUAUUUCCUUACUUAGAAUAAAAUAAUCUUUUCGCUUUGGGGUGUCAUGCAGCCAUUUACGAAGGUUGCGAUGUUUCGGGUGUUUAGAUACUGCUGUUUGUCAUUAGGGUACCUUUACGCCAGUAAGAAAAACUGAAAGAAAGGAAAAUUCGUCUGGGAUGUAAACGUAUAUAAUUUUUUUUAAAUGUCGUCAUCUACCCGACCGUAUGAACGCUCCUGGAAUUAAAACACAAUAUACUUUAUCACUUCCUUGCGAUGAAUUACAAAGUGUAGAAGGCAUGGCAAAUGGUCAGUCAAGCCACCUUCUCAAACUCAUUAAUAAUUUAUAAAGAAAGUACAAAGGAAAUUAAUGUUUAAUGAGUGUUUGGAAAUCAGAUGAAAAACUACUCAGUUUUGCAUCCUUAAUUUCUCCCUCUAAAAUCUUUUUUUUGAGAAGUAAUAUCAAGCAUUCGACACAGUGUUCCAUCACCAGAUGAAACACCUUCUAUCGCCAGAUGUUUCAUGUAAAUAUCAAACAUCGAAUGCAGUUUUCAUCACCAGAUGAAACACCGAAAAAGAGUUGAAAAUACUCGCGCUGCGCGUCGUGUUUUCUGGUGAAACUCUGUUUGAUAUUUCUUAAACAAAAUCAUUUUUGAAGGAGAAAUUAGGAUUAGUGUUUCAUCCGAUUUCCAAACACUGAUUCUUAAUGAAUUACUGAGUUUGAGAACUGGUGUCUCAUGCUUGAGAUAUAGGACGUUUUCAAUCACGUGGCCAGCAUCUAUGCAAAUAUAUGGAAACAAAAGAAAGAAUUUACAUAAGAAAAGGGUUCAACUCCCACAGGACUGGUUUGGAACACCAACAUGGCCGCUGUUCUAUUGUUUUGGAACACCAAUAUGGCCGCCGUGACGUCAUGUGAAAACGCUCUAUUCUUCAUCCCCGGGAUAACUUUUUUGCGCUACCCUAAGUGUAUUAUGUGAAAUUCAGGGUGGCUGUGCCGCUGAAAUCUUGCAAAUCUAAGCCCAUACCAUACCAUGUUUAACACAACUCAUGAUAAGGCACCAAAAAUCUCUGUCCUACCAAACCAUGCAGAAACUCCAGUCCGUCAUACAAGUCAUCAAUUUCCCAUGAAUGAUAUUCCAGACCAAAAUUUACACCAUUACCACACCUUAUGCCAGAGUAUAACCGCUAGAAAACCCUUCCCCUCACAGCGGCACAUACCAUUAGAGUUCAUACAUGGCAGAAAAUCCACCCCUAUGGCAAACCAUACCAAAUGUGAUCCUCAGAAUAUUUUUUUCAUCUUUCAUAGAUGAAGGUUCGAGGUGGCUGUCCAUCAGAUUGGGUGUGGAUAGUUCCUCCAAUGUCGGGUAGUGCCACGCCAGUAUUUCACCAGGUGCGUUAAUAGAUAGCUGCAGGAUCUUAACCAGAGACAGGCAAGAUGAGCGCGCGUGAAAGAUAUUGACUCUUUAAGAGGCUGUCCGCGUAAGAACCGAUAAGGCAAAUUUCGUUGUAUCACGGAUUGCCCUGAUUUUUUCAGUGGAAGAUAACUAUCCUAUCCCAUGAAGAAAUAUCACAUUUAUUUGGACCAACUCAAUUUUUUCUCUAUAUUACAGGAAGACUUUCUCGGUCACCUAAAACUGGCCCGUUUGCCUUCAGAAGUGGUGCGAUUUUGGUGAAUUUUUAGGGCUCUGUCAAACCUACCUUACAUAGCCGAAUAAGCUGAUUAUUUUACACACAAAUGUUUUAACUCUCAUUAACAGUGUCAAAGUUUAAUGGUUGCAUUCUGUCGAAAUUUGGCUGAGAUAUGAUUUUUUUUAAAUGACCGUUAAUUUGCUCAGCAGGAAAGUAAUUUGUAUAACUAGAGCUGAACGGUAAUUUCGCGAAAGUGGCACCUGACCCAGACUCAAGUCUGUGAUGAAUCAGAAGUACUAAGACCAGUCUACUUCUUAAUGCAAUAAAAUUUGUGGGCACUCUUCUCUGCGCGCUGUACAAAGUUCCGUUAAUGUUACAAAUUCGCCACUUUGACAGCAAAGCUGGAAUUGUAACGGUCCGCAUUUGAUCGACUAAUUUCCACAGUUUUAACGUUUCUAGUUAUCACCAAAUGUCAUUAGACCCUUUAAAUGUUGGACUUUUGAAAACAUGAGGAGAAAACUUGGUAAUCGCUUUUUCUUGGUUUUUUUCCUGGUCGACGAUCACAACGCGACUUCAUUCUCCGUAUGCAAAUUAGCCUUAGAUGCGUCGUUUCAACAAAUUGAAUUGACAGGGAACAUAACUGCUUAUAUUUCACCUUUUUAAGGGAAAAUAUCUCUUAGAACUUUCCACGGAAAAACACGAACGAUAUAUGACUUAGAAUUCCCUUAGGUCUGUUUCACGAGGAAGAAGUAGUAGAAGAAGAUAUGUUUACGCGAAUUAAAAUAAUUUAAUUACUGUGGCCCGUCACGCAUUCCCCGAGAGUGGCCGUGUAUCGAUCAGUUCUUUUAUCUGAUUAUAUUUUUUUUGAAGUGAUAGUUAUUGAUAAUCAUACAAUUUAAUCACUGUUAAUUCCGAUUCUUUACUGGGUGGGAAAUACCGUGCUGUUGUAUUUAUUCAUUCUACGACCGUUUUAACUGAGUCAGUAUCCCCGGGAGUUACCGUGAGGAUAGGGUUUAAUAUGACAGCCCAUGGUGUAAUACACGACAAUUAGCUACAAAGUAGUCACUUGGACACGGCCACUCUUAUUCACGAGCACUAGCACAAUAUUUUCAAUUACAGAAUCAAAAAUUAAUAUUUUGGAAAUAGCUCGCAAACAACUUCAGAGAUACCGUGCGACAGCAUAGGACCACACCUGCAAAGUACUUUCAUUUCCAAGAUCCCUUGCUAACCAUAGGCUAUACAAACAUUAGGGUGGUAUUAACAGAGCAUUGUGUUUAUCGCCAAUUAACAACAUUUCAGUAAAAAUGAGGAAUGGCAUGCAGAAAAAGGCAUAGUUAUUGUUUAAGGUCCUUCUCAGUGUUAAAUCCCAAAAGUUUUGCCGGCUGUUAAUCACACUAAAUUAAGGAUCCAUAUGUUCACUCCUGAGCUGUUGGAGAAAAGCACAUGCAAUCUUGUAUGAAAGACGAAAGUUUGUCAACUAGGUCUCCUUUUCUUUCCCUGGAUUUGAAUGGUAUUUUAAAGUGACACAAGAUUUUUUUAGCAUUACCACGUUGAACUGACUAGGUGUUGUUCUUCCUUUGACAUACACAUAGGUUGAAAGCUUCAGGUUGAGGGUGUUGUGGUCUCAAUUCUUCAGCGAUUUCUGCAACAAGCUUUUGCCUUUCGAACUCCUCGUCUUCUUGCAACAGAUCUCUAUGGUCAAGUUCAACUUGUAUACACUUAGGAUUAUGUUUACGUGUUGACUCAAACGGGCCUAGAGUCCAACAUGGGCUGGCAAUAGGUGACCACGGAAUUGGAACGGGAUUGGGGGGAACUCCCUAUGAUGGCCUAUACGGGGAGGUUCCGCCCGAAAGGAGUAUCUUUUUCAGGCUUCAGGUAUAUGAAAGGGCGGGCAUUUCGCUAGAUGAAGUAUACAAAAGGGCGAGGGCGCUUAUUGCAGCCUUAGCAGCAUCUUUGGUGGUUCUUAAAGAAAAAAGAAUUAAGUUUAAGAAUUUAAGGAAAAGUAGAAGGACUUAUUUUUUCUGAAAUUAAUAUACACGGGAGAAAUUUCACCCUCUUAAAUACAAAUGCUUAUUAAAGUAGAGGUGGAACAGUGGGGAGAGAGGGUGCAUGGUAAAGUAGGUUAAAAAU